AUAACACCCCCUCCCUAGUCCCCCCCUCUGCUUUUUACAUCUUCACAUUCAUAUGUACUUAAUUUUUUUUUUCCUUAGUCUGGCUUGCUUGCUUCUUGUUUCUUGCAUCCAUGUCCUCAAUGAUAAGCCCACAAGGUGUAGUCCUGGCCACGGCCAUGGCUGUCUCCGGCACCGCUGUCCUCCUCGUGCUUCGUCUCCAAAAGUCUCUCCCAACAACCCAAUUCCCCGUCGAUCAAGUUCCCGGUCCUCGCCACCAAUUCUACGUCCUUGUAUCUUCAGUAGCACUGAGGGAAAGAAGAGAGAGAAGAAGAAGAAGAGAGUGCAAUUUGCAGAAGAUGUGGUGGAUCCAAGUGGGGAUGGGAAGGAGUAUAGGAGGCAGCAUGAUGCAAUUAACAGUUGUUCUUCUUAUUCUUCUUCUUCAUCAUCAGCAACACCAACGAAGUUAGGAAAGAGCAGCAGAGGUGAAACCAGAGGAAUGCCAGCCAAUAGGGUGGCUCUCUACAAUGGAAUUCUCAGGGAUCGUGGGGUUCAGCGAUUGGCCUACUCUUAUUGAUUGACCUUCUGUAUAAAACUCCUGUUUUUUGUCUGUAAAUGUACUCUCUCUCUCUCUCUCUCUCUCUCUCUCUCUCUCUCGGAGGAUAUGUCAUAAGUAUUAGGAAGGAAGCCUGCGGUUCCCGUUCUCAUAAACUGAUUGGAUACAGGGGUUGGAUCCUCUUGGAAACUGGUAGUGGAUUUUGUUAAUAAUCCAAAGAGUAAUUUCUUGGGUUUUGUUCA